AUGGAUAACAACCGACAAAGAAACGCGUAUGGCAACUACAUAAACAUGUACCCGCCAGGUCACGAGCCAAGUAAGAAUACACCAUAUCCGGUUGAUGAUCUGCCCCAGAAUCAUGUUGCAGAUACGAAUAUUCCAUACCAAAUGUAUGAGAAAGAUACAAGACAAAGCUCCCAGUCAACGGUAACGACGCCAGUAUCACGACAACCACCACCGGCGCAGCAAGUCAGCAUACCCAAAGUGGAUAACCCGCCUAGCAGUGCUAAGAGUGAACGGGAUCUUUCAAAUUACUCUUCCGAGGCUGUCGCGUUUUAUGAAGCAUAUGACAGAACCGUCAAGGACGCAAACAAGUUUACGAAGGAUAUCCAGUUGAAAUGGUGCGAGACACUGUUGCAAUAUGCGUUCAAGCCCACUUUCUUAAUCAGAUACAAUAUCAAUGCUGAAAAGUUGAAACGGGAUUUAACUGAGACCGAAAUGCUACAGAAUAAAAGGACCAUUUUAGAGCAUGCGUUACGCGUGUUAACGAAACUAACUCAGUUAAACUAUUCACCAGCGAUCUACCUAUUAGGGACACUUUAUUCCCACCACCCUUACGUAGAUAUUCCAAGGCCCAUGGAUAUCGUGUCUAAGAAUGAUGCAAAAGCUCUAGACUACUAUCGCAGAGCAGCCGAUAUGGGUCAUAAGGAUGCCAUGUAUCGGACCAGUGUCAGCUACGAGUACGGACGUGGAGUAGAUUACACAACUGUGAGUGAAUACGAAGCUUUAAAGAUUUCACAGAAGUACUAUGAAAUGGCAGCUUUGACCAAUGGACAUUCUGUAUCCAUGUACAAGCUCGGGAUGUUCUAUUUGAAAGGACUGAGAACGAAAUCUGGUGAAAUCGUUAUCAAAAGAGACCCUGUACAAGCUUUAUACUGGUUUAGAAUGGCUACCAAGGAGAUCGAAAUCCCACGAGACGAUAAGGCUCAUGUAGAACUGGAAUCAGUAUCGCCACAAGCGAUGGUUGAGUUGGGUAAGAUUUACGGAUUUGAAGAGUUAGACGAAUCCGUUAGACAAGAGCUUCUGAGAAACGGAAUCACUCAAGAUAAGGAAAAAUCGAUCAAAUACUAUUAUAGAUGCGCCCAUGACUUCGAUUAUUCUCAAGCCCAAUACAAAUUGGGUCAUUUUUAUGAAUUUGGGGAGAUGGGACUACCUGUAAUACCCAAGAAGUCCAUUGCAUGGUACGCAAAGAGUUCCAUGAACAAGACCAAACCAAACCCGUUAGCCAUGGUAGCACUUAGUGGCUGGUACCUUACCGGUGCUGAGGGGAUAUUGAAACCGAACGACGUAGAGGCCUUCAAGUGGGUGUCACGUGCUUCGAAAUUAUCUGACGGGAAAUUACCAAGAGCAGAGUAUGCAUUAGCAUUUUACUUGGAGAAAGGCCUUGGAUGUCAGCCAAACAUACAAGAGGCCAAGGUACACCACGAAACUGCUGCUCGUCUUGGCCAUCCGAAAGCCAUCGAGGCCUUGAGGAAAAUGUGA